AUGCACACAAGUAUGGAUUUCGUCAGAAUUCGUCCGUCCGCGAACUUUUUGACAGUUCUUGAAGAACUUCACACGUGUCCAGGGGCCCCAAAAUCGCUAGUGCGGUACUUUCAUUUCCAAAAGAUAAAUCAGAAGAAACCUAAACCUGUUCUAGAAAUCUCUGAUGCAGACGAAGAAUCAGUCAUCAAAUUGCAACAAGAAAAUAAAGAAAAGCAAUCAGAUCGGAUAGAACAUUCUUGUGAAUCGGGUGAAAAUAAAAGGGGAGACGUCGAAAAUAAUGCAUCAGAAAGCGAAGUUAGUGAUGAGGAAACUCCUCCCGGCCCACUUCUGCUUUUGACCAGCGACAUUAAGUGGUGUCAUGCAAGGAUGCGGGAACGUGGAAUGAAGUUUCGUAUUCAUCAGCUGCUCGACGAGAGCGAAAUUCUACUGCCGACCUACGAGCCUCCUCCACGCAACCCAGAAUUAGAAGCUCGCAUACAGAAUCUGAGGGCGGAACAAGAGAACCGAGAAUACGCUCGAAUGGUACAGAGCAUUGCACAGCUGAAACAAGGCACGGCGACCACCAUAGGUCAAGAAUAUCGAGAGAUUCACAAAGAAAUGACUACGCAUCUCAUCACUGGUGCCCAGUACCUUCUGUCUAUCGUAGGGACCUUCUUCGCUCUAUUCAUUGGCUCAAGUUUGGUCGUUCCUGAAUUCUCCCCCAGAAUUGUGUUCGGCAUUAUUGGAGCUCUGAUAGUGGCGCUGGCUGAAAUAUAUUUUAUCAUUCGCGACGACAUUAGAAAAGAAACUUCAAAGAAAACAAAGUAGUUCCGUGUUUUCUCAUUAUUCUAGUGUUGUAGAUAAUGUGACGUAGAAGCUUAUCGCAUUUGGGGGUUUCAGAAUUGAUUGACCGAUGAGAUGACAAUGCUUUGGUCUCUCCAUUGCCUAUUUAUUUGAUUCUUAUAACGGAAGUGAUUUCAUUUUUUUUUCUCUUGUGAACAAAUGACACAAAGUGGCAACCGCAUUGAACCAACACCAUUAAAAAAAGUUAUAAGAAUUUUUCCAGAAAAGCACGAAAUUUCCGCACUUCCAGUCAUGCCAAUUUGAGAAUAUUUCUAUGUGAACAAAUUGCUAUAUUGUUUUGUUGUGUUUGAACUUUGUUGGAUUAUCUGAUACAUAUUUUUAUUUAAAUUCUCAUAUACGUACAAGUACUUCGAUCAGAAUUGGCUAGAUAGAUGCGAUACUAACCAUCUGUUGCCUAACGUAAAAUAAUUUUAUUAUGAAAUUGGCUACACAGAACGUCCGUUGGAAAAUGUUUGUGAAAUUUCAAAUCCAUUCAGUCUUGAAAAUUUUUAAAGCCUGAUUAAUUC